UUCAAAUAUAACAAAACAAGAGAGAGACUGCAUUUUUUUUUUUUUUGAUGGAGGAAGUAAAGAAGAUGGAUUGUAUAAAGAAGGCAAUGCCAUUCAUCUUAGUGAUAUUGUUACAAGUAGGGUUAGCAGGAAUGGACAUUCUCACAAAAGCUGUGCUAAAUGAAGGCAUGAGCAAUUACGUCCUUGUCGUCUACCGUCAUGGCAUUGCUGCCAUCGUUAUGGCCCCAUUCGCCUUCUAUUUCGACAAAUUGGUGAGACCGAAGAUGACACCGAUGAUAUUCUUCAAGAUAACACUCCUUGGUUUAUUCGAACCAGUGAUCGACCAGAACUUGUUUUGUUUGGGGAUGAAAUACACCACGGCUACAUUUGCAACCGCCUUAUACAACACUUUACCCGCAGUUACUUUUAUCCUCGCCUUAAUAGCCAGACUCGAAAAAGUAAAACUUCGAAGUAUCAGAAGUGCAAGUAAGGUGGUUGGGACAGUGGCUUCAGUUGGAGGAACCACGCUUAUGACACUUGUCAAAGGUCCACCUCUCGACCUCUUCUGGACCAAAGGACCCUCUGCGCAGAACACAUCCGGGACUGAUAUUCACAGCUCCAUCAAAGGCGCAGUUUUGGUUACAAUUGGUUGUUUCAGCUAUGCAUGUUUCUUUAUCCUCUUUGCGAUCACGUUGAAAACUUAUCCAGCCGAGCUCUCACUCACAGCAUGGAUAUGCUUAAUGGGAACAAUAGAGGGAGCUGUUGUGGCACUAGUCAUGGAAAGGGGAAAUCCUGGCGCAUGGGCCAUUGGUUGGGACAACAAACUUCUCACAGUCACAUACAGUGGGAUAGUGUGCUCAGCGCUUGGUUACUACAUUGGAGGACUGGUGAUGAAAACCAGAGGUCCUGUGUUUGUAACAGCUUUUAGUCCUCUUUGCAUGAUCGCAGUAGCGUUUAUGUCGAGCAUUAUCUUUGCUGAGCAGAUGUAUCUCGGAAGGGCUCUUGGUGCGGCGGUUAUAUGUGCAGGAUUAUACCUUGUGAUAUGGGGCAAAGGCAAAGAUUACAAAUAUGCUUCUUCCGAGCCAGCACAAACAAAACUAGAACUGAGCGGAAACGAGAAAGAUAGUGUUGAUCAUGAAAUCAUUAUUAUCAACAAGUAACACAGGAAAAAAAUGGUUAGCUUGUGUCUAACUCAAUAGUAUCUACACAAAUGUUUGGCAUGAAAGAGUCCAAAUAUCAGUUUCUUUGCUGCCCAGUGUGCCCACUAUGUUUAAAAGCAAUUGUAGAAUAGAAUUGCUAACUACCAUGUGGUGAAAAUAGCUAUCCAAUAGAAAUAUAAAUAAUAAAUAUGAUCAUUAUAGUAUAUUGAGUACACCAAGAUUGUUUCCAUACGUGUAUCAUCAUAGAUUGAAGUUGCCCCUUCUUUUUGAAAAUUAAAUGAUAAGUUUCUUUGGUGUUAAA